AAUAUGAUUGGCCAGUGAGUCACCUACAGGAAACGUACAUAGCUUUGCACGACAGAUCAGCAAGAUUUUGGUCCAUCUCUUCUGGGAAUCUCUCGAUUCCUCAUUUUUUUAUUGUUUUUCUUUGCACAUUCUCACUUGUACUCUCUUUCAGAGCUGUAGAGCGGCCGAUACAAAUCAUACAACCGACCUGUACACAUAGUAACCGACCUGUACACACAGUGAGAGAGUGAGGAGAGAGAAAGUGGGGAGAGAUUUCUUCAGAUCUCUACUCUCUUUCCUUUCGAUUCUCUCCUAAUUAUCAGAAAUGGCGGACGAACCUUCGCUCACUCGCUGGUCCUUCCAGGAUUUUAAGAUAUAUUAUGAUUUUAAGUUUGGGAGGAAGAAGGAGCCCAAGGCAAAUGAUUCAGCAGCAAGCGGCCAAAAUGCUGGUAGUGCGAUUGCGAAUGGGAGUGCUCUGCAUGCAACUUCAGAUGGAAAUGGACAUGUGAAGAACACAUCCGACAUGGCCAUUUUUGAGCAGUAUGCAAACCAGGACCGAGGGAGCUCAACUCACUCCAAUGGAGUCUUAUCUAAUGGAGCCAGUGAGAGGCCGCAAAAAUCUCUACUUCCUCCUUUUGAAUCCGCAGAAAUGCGUAACUUAGCAGAGAGUUUAUGUAGGGAUAUCAUUCGUGGAAGUCCAGAUGUGAAAUGGGAAAGUAUAAAAGGGUUAGAGAAUGCCAAACGUCUACUUAAAGAAGCUGUUGUUAUGCCAAUCAAAUAUCCUAAGUACUUUACUGGUCUUCUAUCACCAUGGAAAGGUAUUCUACUUUUCGGCCCUCCAGGAACAGGAAAGACCAUGCUUGCGAAGGCUGUUGCAACUGAGUGCAAUACCACAUUUUUCAAUAUUUCAGCAUCAUCAGUUGUCAGCAAAUGGCGUGGUGAUUCAGAGAAGUUAAUAAAAGUGUUGUUUGAGCUUGCGAGGCAUCACGCACCGUCAACUAUAUUUCUUGAUGAAAUCGAUGCAAUCAUUAGUCAACGUGGUGAAGGACGCAGUGAGCAUGAAGCAAGUAGGCGAUUGAAAACUGAGCUACUCAUACAGAUGGAUGGUUUGACGCGGACAGAUGAGCUUGUUUUUGUUUUGGCGGCAACAAAUCUUCCUUGGGAACUAGAUGCUGCUAUGCUCCGACGUCUUGAGAAGCGGAUCCUUGUACCUCUCCCGGAACCAGAAGCAAGAAGAGCAAUGUUUGAGGAACUAUUGCCAUCUACACCAGGUGAGGAGGAACUUCCAUAUGAUAUAUUGGUUGAAAGGACAGAAGGCUAUUCAGGUUCAGAUAUUCGGUUAGUGUGCAAAGAGGCUGCCAUGCAGCCACUAAGAAGAGUAAUGGCAUUACUUGAAGAAAACCAAGAAGUUGUGCCUGAGGACGAAUUGCCAAAGGUUGGUCCAAUCAAACAUGAAGACAUUAAGACGGCUUUGAAGAAUACGAGGCCUUCUGCUCAUCUUCAUGCUCACCGUUAUGAGAAGUUUAAUGCCGAUUAUGGCAGUCAAAUACUCCAAUGAAGGCAUGCAGUUAUAUAGUUCUGAACGGUUAAAUUUCUCUCCAAACUUUACCACAGUCAUUCAUCAUUUCCAUCUUAGAGAAUUUUAAUUGGUGUUCUCAUGUCGAGCUAAAUUAUUACUUGUAUUUUUUAUUGUUGUUUCUGCUCUAUCUUUGUGAAUAGCUAGGCUCUCCGAUCUCAAGUAUUUUUCAUAAUUGAUAUCCCAAAGAGUUUAGUAGGUGUUUCAAUUUAAGAAA